AGACCCAGAACAUGGAUUCACAUUCGUUUCAUGCUUUAGUCCCUCUUCGUCUUAAAAAGCGAUGUGUUUUGGUUUCUAUCCAUUGCAGCUUGGUGGGUAUGAAUUGUAUUGUAAAGAUCGUUAUGAAUCAUCUUGAUCACUCAAAAAAUAAUGUAGCUUCUUGUGUAAUUUAUAAAAAAAUGAUGGAGAACCUUUUGAAUUGCUUAUGUACAUUUCUCAACAGAUUGAGCACGGAAUAGAGACAGCCUGCAAAAUUGGAAAUGCGGACAUAUCUAAAGCAUUGUGGCCCUGGCCCACAUUUGUUGAGAAUAGAUAGAGGAAUCUCUUACCAGCUGGAUAUACACAUACAUGCAUAUGCAAGUAUCUGGAAUUAACUUGUUAAAAUUAGUUUUAAUCUCUAUAAUUAGAAGAAAAAUUAAGUUGUUAAAAUUGCUUUUGUAGUUGAAUUGCAUCGUUUCAUUUUUGGGGGUACAUAUCGUUUUAGGGGGUCUGUGAAUCAGUCUUUAGCUCUUUUAAACACUCAGGAUGCACAGUAUAAGAUAUCUAAACACUGAAAAUAUCACAUAUUAGUGAAUAUCUGAUCAAACGCUCCAUUCCAGUUACUUGUAAAAAAUAGUUUUGUUUGAUUUUAUUAUAUCCGUGAUUUGAUCUGAAGUUCUCAAAUGUCUAUUUCCAAACUUUACAAAAAAACAAUAUGAUUCUUGUGAUUUUUUUUUUUGUUUUGAAACAUAUGAGAUCUUAUGAAUAAUAAACAUAUAACCAAGUCGAUUUAGCAGUGAUCUGACGCUCUUUGUUGGUUCUUGGUUAUACAGUUGUUAAAAAUCUGCUUAAUCCAAACGGUAUUUACACAGAAUACAAUAUGUUGUUAAUGUCCACUAAAAUGAUAUACAAAGUGGUUAAGUGCAGUGGUGGAUAUUGUUGUGUUCUUAGUUCAAAUCCAGUUGGGAAAACUGUUUUAUUUUUUAUUUUUUUUUAUCGAAAAAUGUUUUUUGUUAUAUCUAUAUAUUUAAAACUGGUUUUGGGUCUAGAAAAGGUUAAGAUAGAUCCUCCUAGUUAAUAAAAAAAACAAUAAACUGCAGUAAUAUACUUGAAAAUCACAAUUUAAUAUAUGGUUGAUAGGUAAGAUACAUUUCUUUUCAUGUUAUUUUUUUCCCUCAAAUCAAUUACUUUAUUGUUUCAGAAGCUGUAGUUUGUGGUCCAAAAAGAAGCAUGCAUAUUUCUUUCUUCACAUAAGAAUAUUUUUUAAGUUUACAAACAACAUUUUUCGGCAAUUAAUCUUUCAUCUAUCACCCCCAACCAGUCAAAUAAUAGACGACACAUUGGAUAUGUGUUACAUUCGUAAAGUCGUGCAUUGAUACUUUGGGUAUAUUGCAGAUUUGCAAGCUUGCAUACAUAUAAUCAGAACAAUGUGACAUGAAAACUUAAGAUGAAUAAAUGAGACGAUCACAAACCAAUAUCGAAUGACAUCAUUUUACAUCAUGUUUAUUUAAUUUAUAUGAGAACAUAUUAAUUUUUGUAAGUCAUAGCCUCGAAGUUUUAUUAUUAGAUUCAGUAUUAAAAGGUUUGAACACGUGUUUGACUAGUUGAAUAGAUCGUAACAUUAGCUAAUAUUUUUUCUAAGACUUGAAAUAAUAUUUCUUAAAUUUCAAAUGAUUCGAGAACCAAUUGGUUCAUUUUUGUUUCCUUUCCCAUUAUUAUGAAUUUAUGAUUGUGACGGUACGCUCUAAACAAACCGGAGUCCUAUGACCCAACCGGCUUAAGAAGCAUCCCCCACUCUCGCGCCAACUUUGACUCUGACGCCAUCAAUCCCGUUUGCUCAUCGGACCAAGACUAACCGGACGUAAAAACAAAAGACCAAGACUAACCGGACCGGAUGAAACUUAACGGCCUUCCGUCCUAUUUUCACGUUUGACUCUGUUGAAACUAGACAGAAAAGAGAAGAGAGAGUGAGAUGGAGUAAUUGAGGUCUACGUAUAACACUAUACAGUUGACAAAAAAAGUACACAUUAACAUAUUAUAUUUAUAUAUGUGUACAACCGCCUUCACAUAUUCAAUCUCAUCACACUGAAAGUGGUUUCGUUAAAUCCGGCUGUUGACUUUUCUUCUCCCGAAGGCAAGGUAAGGAUCAUGUUUCGAUUCAUGGAUUCGAAUGCAAAAAUUUACAUUUGUUGGGUAAUAGAAAUUCCUCUUGUCUUAAAAGAGUGUGAGGUCAGAGACAAACAUAUACUUUAGUUACUGACUUAACUGUCUAAGAAGUAUUCUCCUGCUUCUGUCUGUUCUGUUUCUCUUACCAAGUUUUUUUUAAAGAAAAUCUUCUUCUGUUUCAUCAGAAUUUUGCUCAUUUUUUUUGCAGAAAAUAUUCAAUGAAGCGCUUCAGAAAGGAACAAUGGAAGGAUUUUUCAAGUUGAUUUCUUAUUUCCAGACGCAGUCAGAACCUGCCUAUUGUGGCUUGGCUAGUCUUUCUGUCGUCUUAAAUGCUCUGUCUAUUGAUCCUGGACGAAAAUGGAAAGGUAUAACAUUUUUAGUAUGAAGAGAAAGAAACACGUCUUAGAUAGGGUUUUUCAGGUUUACUUUUUUUUUUUUUUCCAAUAGGGCCUUGGAGGUGGUUUGAUGAAUCAAUGCUGGACUGCUGCGAACCGCUGGAAGUAGUGAAAGAAAAGGGUAUUACGUUUGGAAAACUUGUGUGUUUGGCUCAUUGUUCAGGAGCUAAAGUGGAAGCUUUCCGCACAAGUCAGAGUACCAUUGAUGAUUUCAGAAAAUUCGUAGUGACAUGCUCGGUUUCUGAUAAUUGCCAUAUGAUCUCGUCAUAUGAUAGAGGAGUAUUUAAGCAGACUGGGUCUGGUCACUUUUCACCUAUAGGUGGCUAUAACGCUGAAAGAGAUAUGGCUUUGAUUCUUGACGUCGCCCGUUUCAAGUAUCCUCCUCACUGGGUUCCUCUUCAACUUCUUUGGGAAGCCAUGGACACCAUUGUUAAGUUAACAGGGAAACGUAGAGGGUUCAUGCUCAUAUGUAGACCCCAUAGAGAAUCUGGAUUGCUCUAUACACUGAGUUGCAAGGAUGAAAGUUGGAUCAGCAUAGCCAAGUAUUUGAAGGAAGAUGUUCCUCGUCUUGUAAGCUCACAUCAUGUAGAUACUGUGGAAAAGAUCGUAUCAGUUGUGUUCAAGUCACUUCCAUCAAAGUUUAACCAAUUCAUCAGAUGGGUGACUGAGAUCAGAAUAGCAGAGGAUGUAAACCAACAUCUCAGCACAGAGGAGAAAUCAAGGCUAAACUUAAAGCAAGUGGUGCUGAAAGAAGUGCAUGAAACUGAACUGUUCAAACACAUUAGUAAGUUCUUCUCCUCAAUGGAUUAUGAAGACAUUUUGACGUAUUCAGCUGCAAAGGCUUGUUGCCAAGGAGCUGAAAUAUUAUCUGGAUGCUCAACAAAAGAGUUCUGCUGUCAGGAAACUUGUGUGAAAUGUGUCAAAGGUCCUGGCGAGGCCGAAGGCACGGUGGUGAAUGGAGUUGUGGUGCGUGAUGGGAAUGAACAAAGGGUUGAUCUAUUGGUGCCAACGACCCAAACUGACUGUGAAUGUGGUCCAAAGGCUAAUUAUCCAGUAGGAAACGAUGUGUUCACUGUACUUCUGCUCGCUUUAACUCCACAGACAUGGUUAGGGAUCAAAGACCAAGCUCUUAUGCAUGAAAUGAAGCAGCUCGUUUCCAUGGCGUGCCUCCCAACUAUGCUUCAAGAAGAGGUAUUGCAUCUACGACGCCAACUUCAGCUGCUAAAACGUUGCCAAGAGAACAAGGAAGAGGAGGAUUUCGCUGCUCCUGCCUAUUGAUUCAUCUUAUCCAAAUUCACAUAUCUUUAAUUGCCCAUUUGAAUCCCAACUUCUCAAACCCAAAACCCUAAUUCUUUGAGAGUCUCCUUUAUUAUCUGCAUGGUGCAAUCUCUAUCUGUUAUUAAUUCAUCACAAACUGACUACUACUUCCUAUUAUGAACUACUCUCUUACACAAAACAAAUGGAUACAUCUAUUAUAUUGAGAAAAUAAAAAAAACUCUCCAACUUCCGCUAAUUUGGAAAAGGUCAACUAUACAGUAUAUAUAUAGUUUAAGAAAGAAAUGUCCCAUCUAUAUUGUUGUAACAACAUUGUGACUUGUAAAUAAUAAAAAAGAUAUGCACAACUUUCAGCAUUUCGUAUUAAACCGUACAU